ACACAGGGUACCUUUGACUCAUACUAUCGUAGUCUUCCUACCGAUCACAGUAAAGUCAUUAUGCCUUCUUACAAAUAUGUUUACUUCGAUUUGAGGGGACGGGGAGAAAUAGUGCGACUUACUUUCCUUGCAGCCGGAGUGAAAUUUGAUGAUGUGAGAAUUGCAAGAUCGGAAUGGCCCGGUGACCAUAAAGCAGCAACUCCAUUUGGACAAUUGCCAUAUUUGGAAAUUGAUGGAAAGAAAUUUGCCCAAUCCAUUGGAAUUGCAAGAUACAUUGCAAGAGAAAACGGUUUAUACGGUGACAAUGCAUUAGAUGGUUUGAAAAUCGACCAGGUUGUUGGUUUUGGUCAGGAUUAUUUCAUGAAGUGGGCCACCGCAUUCUUUGAACAAGACGAGGAUAAAAAGAAAGGACUUCAGGAAAAACUCAAGAAUGAGCAUUUACCUAAAUUCCUUGGUGAUUUAGAAAAAUUACUGACAGAAAAUGGUACCGAGUAUUUUGUCAGCUCAAAGUUAUCACUUGCUGAUCUAAGUGUAUAUGAUGUUUGUGAAAAUUCUUAUAUCCAAAGUCCAGAAGUCUAUAACAACUAUCCCAAACUUGUUGCCAAUAGAAAACUUGUCCGCUCUUAUCCUAAACUGGAUUCUUAUUUAUCUGAAAGAAAAGUAACUGAUAUCUAAAAUAAAUUUUAAAAAAAACAUAUUUUUUAUUGUGCGUUGUUGUUUAUGUCUAAACCACCAUCCAUUAAGAUUGUAUGGAUGUUUGGUAAAAAUGAAUCAAAAUAAUAGGCACAAUUAUUAAAAAUUUGGUAUUU